AUGGGCGGUGGCGGUCUCCAUGCUGCGGGGUCGGCUCGAAGUUCCUGCAGCGGGCAUGGUGGUCUUCCUAGGCGACGAUGUCGGCAGGGCCGCCGGGGCAUGGGUCGGAGCGGAGGACCUCGGGCGUCCAUGGCGGCCUCCCUGCAACAGAGAGCAAGAGAGAUAGAGGGAGAUGAGAGUAAACGGGGAAAAGAGAAUAAGGGAAGAGGGAGAUGGCGGGGAAAAGAAUGCAGGGCGGCGACGGGGGCCCGCUCGGUGGCUUCGGUCAUCGGCGGAAGAAGGAGCUCAGGGACUAGGUGGUUGUGCUCGGGAGCAGCAGAUCGAGCAGGAGAAAGGAGGGGAUAG